AUGUCCUCUGAACUAGAGGAGGUGGCGGGCGGCAUCCUUAAAGGCAAAAUCCCUGGUCUGUUGAUGGAGAAGUCCUACCCAUCUCUUAAAGCGCUCGGCAGUUACGUCAAUGAUCUGAUUGCUCGCCUCAAGUUUCUUCAAGAGUGGUAUGACAAUGGAGUGCCUCCCAUGUUCUUGGUAUCUGGGUUUUUCUUCACUCAGGCCUUCUUAACGGGAUCAAAGCAGAACUACGCCGGAAAAUGCACCAUUCCUAUUGAUCUCCUAACGUUUGUCAUUGAGGUUCUUGGCGACAAUAAUUACGAAACUCCACCCGAGGACGGUGUUUAUGUUAAUGGCUUGUUCAUGGAAGGCUGUCGAUGGGAUCGAGAAGAGAGAGUGAUUAGAGAGUCGCACCCGAAAGCUUUGUAUGAUAGCAUGCCUGUUUUGUGGCUCAAACUUUGCAAGAAGGAAGAGAUUGUUGACCGGCCGCGUUAUGUCGCCCUUGUUUACAAAACAACCGAGGUACGCUCGAGUGAGGUACGCUUUCUACCACAGGCCAGUCCACUAACUUUGUGA